GUUGACCGGUUACAAUUUACCAGGUCGUUGGGCAGGGCUAUGGAACGCCACGUGAUAAUAUCCCUCUGCCAUUCACUUCUCGAGCCAGCCCUCUCGUGGUAGGAUGGCAGCUGAACGGUGGCUCCUGGAGCAGCCAAACGGCCCCCAAUUUCUGCGUCCAUGUAUCUCGUCUCGAAGCGGUCCCCCCUCCCCGUAAACUCUAGCACAGCCUGUUCUCCCCUUCGUUUCGUUAUCGUUUUUGAGCCUCUUGAGGCGCGCAAAGAUGUCCAGCAGCAUUAUGGCGCCAGAGAGGUCUCGUACAAUGACUUGUACCAGCCCUCGGAUGUCCUCUACAUCCAUAGUUUGUGAUGGCAAAGACACCGAACUCGGCAUGGCAAUAACAAAUGCUGUUAGUCGGAAUGUUUCUAAAGGCAAUGCUAUCCAGAUCAAUGGGCACAUAGCAGGCAAGAUAUACAACUUCCAAAAUCUGAUCAUCAACUACCAAAGCACCUUGGAUCACAAUUUCAAUUCCCCUGGCACGAUACCGCGACCGCUCCAAAGAGUCCUCAAAACCGCACGUUCACGAGACACGGCCGAGGAGGCUUUUAUGGAUGUAGUGAAGCCCAGUCCGCACCUUAUGCCUCUUGAUUCACCUUAUCUAGCAUUUUAUUCCGAUAUCAGUACAACGUCCCAGAUGAUCCGAGCCACGUUUAAUCCUCAUGUUCUGGUCAAUCUCAUUGCGCAGAGAAUUGUUCGCCGUCUGAAGCUUACUCCCCUUAUUGUUUCAGGGCCAGAAGAGUUGGUUUCGUGGGAUCGGAGCUCACUCGUCUCUACAACACAAUUGAUUGAAUUGGCAUGCUAUGACAAAGAGCGCACUGAAUACACCACGUAUCAAUUUUACGUCGUCAAACAUUGCCCAUUUGACAUACUCUUUAGCACUCGUUCCAUUAAUCCAUUCGACUCUAAUCGGCCAAGGAUGAAACCAGGCAGAUCCUAGCUCGUCUAUACUUGACGGACAUAAAGGCCCAACAAGAAGUCAGGACAUAAAGGCCCAACAAGGAGUCAGAGGAUCAACAAUCUUCUCUCUCAUUGCAGCAAGUUUCCAAACCCAGAACUCAGCUGCUAUCAGAUUAUAGAUCACAGUUGCAUAGCCCUCAACUACCGCUAUUGGUCACUGCACAUGCGAACAUGGGGGCUUCGCUAGCCUGCAUCCACAGCUGCAGGUGGC